AGAAGCACCCUGACUAUCAGCUGAGCCACCACAACACCCACACUUUCCAGGACCAGGGCCACUAUUCAGUGGCUCUCCAGGACUCAGAGCCACUUCAGCCUGAGCAAUAUGCUGGAAACUGCAGAGCUGUGCUUCAAUGUGGACCACGGCUACCUGGAGGGCCUGGUGCGAGGAUGCAAAGCCAGCCUCCUCACCCAGCAGGACUAUGUCAACCUAGUGCAGUGUGAGACCUUGGAAGAUCUGAAAAUUCAUCUCCAGACCACGGACUAUGGCAACUUCCUGGCUAAUGAAACAAACCCUCUCACUGUUUCCAAAAUUGACACAGAAAUGAGGAAGAAGCUCUGCAGAGAGUUUGACUAUUUCCGGAAUCAUUCCUUGGAGCCCCUGAGCACAUUUCUCACCUACAUGACAUGCAGCUAUAUGAUAGACAACAUAAUUCUACUGAUGAACGGGGCCUUGCAAAAGAAAUCUGUGAAAGAAGUUCUAGCCAAGUGUCACCCCCUGGGCCGUUUCACAGAGAUGGAAGCUGUCAACAUUGCAGAGACCCCCUCAGAUCUCUUCAAGGCUGUGCUGGUUGAAACACCAUUAGCUCCAUUCUUUCAAGAUUGUAUGUCUGAAAAUACUCUUGAUGAACUGAAUGUUGAAUUACUGCGCAAUAAACUAUACAAGUCUUACCUUGAGGCAUUCUACAAGUUCUGCAAGGACCACGGUGAUGUCACAGCAGACGUUAUGUGUCCUAUUCUUGAGUUUGAGGCCGACAGACGCGCUUUAAUCAUCACUCUGAACUCAUUUGGCACUGAACUAAGCAAAGAAGACAGGGAGACCCUCUUCCCCACCUGCGGCAGGCUCCAUCCGGAGGGGCUGCGGUUGUUAGCCCAAGCUGAAGACUUUGAGCAGAUGAAGAGAGUGGCAGAUAAUUAUGGAGUUUACAAGCCUUUGUUUGACGCCGUCGGUGGCAGUGGGGGAAAGACACUGGAAGACGUUUUCUAUGAGAGAGAGGUACAGAUGAAUGUGCUGGCAUUCAACAGGCAAUUCCAUUAUGGUGUGUUUUAUGCGUAUGUGAAGUUGAAGGAGCAAGAGAUGAGAAAUAUCGUGUGGAUAGCAGAAUGCAUCUCACAGAGACAUCGUACUAAAAUCAACAGCUACAUUCCAAUUUUAUAAGCCAGUGUACAGAAGAUCAUACAUAUUGCCAUGAAGUUAUUGAGGAAAGGAAGAGGGGUUGUGUCACAUUAUCUAGAUUCUAUAAAAAUAACUCAUACCACCUCUCCAUAAACAACAUGUCCACUGGAAGCCCAGUAAGCAGAACUUGAAACAAAAUAUUCCUUUCUUGUUUUCAACAAGCCCCAAUCAUCUUUUCACACUUAUGGUUUACUGCUCACUGGCUUCAUACAUUCAUUUUAAUUGACCCUGGGGCACUUUUUUUGUAUUCUCACUUGGUCAGAUUAAGAUCAUUACGUAAUCAGGUUCUUCACUUCUUCUUUUCCAUUCUUCUCCCCAAGCUCAAACACUGGGUGUCUGCUUUGCCUUUUUCGUGUUUGGUCCUUCCAUGCAUUCACACAAAAAUGCCAGGCUGUGGGUAGCUAACAUACACCACGCAUGGUGAAAGCAUGUUGUCUUCCUUUCCCCCAAGACUUUUGGAUAAGUAAUCCUGAGAAAGAUAGAUUCCCCAAAUGCAAGCAUUGUUAAAUUUAUUACUAAAUUAGAUUGUCACACACACACACAUGAGAGAGAGAGAAACACGGAAAGAUGAACAAAUUAUAUAGAUAUCCAUACCAGUGGUUCUGACACUCUUUAUUCAAGAAAAUCCCACUAAUUGUACUUUACUCCUUCAGAAGAUGUAGAUGUUGUAUGGUUGCUACAUAAAGUUGAAACCAAAGCAGAGGCUGCUCAGAAAAAGAAAUUAGCAAAAUGUGUCUCCAAUCUUCUCUUUAAAUAGAAAAACCAUUCUUAAAUAUAGUCUAUAUUUGCUAUGCUUCAGUGAUUAAGUAUGUGCAGUCAACAUGGUGACUCAGCAGGUAAGAGAGCUUGAUGUCAAAUCUAAAUCCAUGAGUUCGAUUCCGGGGAUCUCCCGUGUAGAAGGAGGGAACUACAGGGAACUACAAGAUUGCCUUUAACCCUUUAACCUUUACUCAUGUCCCCCCACCACUUACACACACUUACAAAAGAAUUUUAAAGAAGGGCACAGAAAUAAUUUGAACUAUUUUUACUAUAAGCUCUCUAUAUAAAGAUGUUUUCUAGGAUAGUACGCAUAAACUAAGGAGCACAACAUUUUUAUGUAGAACAAUCAUUUAUAAGUAUAAAGAAACAUAAUGAUUUGUUGAACUAAGAAGAAAGCCAAGUGCCUGUUCCCUGACUGCAGAUGCAAUCUACCCAGCUGCUUCCUGCCCAGACCAAGACACCUUCUUAGCCACUGUGGGCUGUCCUCUCACACCCUGACCCAAAAGAAACCUUUCCCUUUCUAAACUGUUGCAUCAGGCAUUUUGUGGCAGUAACACACCAAAUUCACUAAUACAAAAAAAAAAAAAAAAACUGAUACUGCUGUUGCUACAAUAAACUUGAUUUUUGUGAU